AUGCCUCUCUCGAAUCGGCGUCGCGCGCGGCGCAAGGAAAUUCAACUGCAAGAAACUUCUGACGCGGAAGCCCCGGACUCGUCGCCCUCUCGUCCUGCGAACAACAAGAAGCGCAAGAUUGAUCGCGGCUCUCCCCAACCUCGUCCCAUCAAAACCGCCGAAUCCGCCGACGAGGCCGAUGAUUCGUCGCCAGAGCAUGACCUGUCGGAAAACCAGGAUCUCAUGGAUCUCGUCAUCUCCUAUCUCGAGACCGCGCGCGAAGAAGUGCGCGUCUUGCGCGACCAUUCAAAUGCGAAAACCGAAAACAAGCAGAGCGUGCGCGCCUAUGCGAAAAUCGCCGGCCGCAACUGGACCUACUACGUCAAGACCCUCCAUGUCAACAUCGGUCGCGAGCCCGACCGCGAACAGAAGCUCGACGAGCAGUCCAGCCCCGUCACCAUCGCUGCGCGAGCACUGCCAGAAGUCAACGUGGAUUUGGGCCCCAGCAAGUUCGUGUCGCGUCUGCACGCGGAAAUUUUCUACGACGGGGAGGAGACAGCAUCUUGGCAUAUCCGUGUCAACGGCCGGAAUGGCGUCCGCUUAAACAAUGGCGUCCUCAAGCGGGGCGCAGAUGCCAUCCUUUCCUGUGGCGACAUUAUUGAGAUCGCCAACACCCAGAUGAUGUUCGUGACCCCCGGUGAUAAGGCCAACAUCCACCCCAGCUUUGUGGAGCGCGCACAACGUCUGGCCAAUGGCGAAGAGGAACUACCUGCCUGGGAUGCUUCCCAGCAUGCGCACCCGGCGCAUGGCGCAUCCCUGGAGACCGCCCCAGCCACCAGCCAGCCCUCUUUGGCACCCGCGCCGCAGUUUCUCAAACGUCAGGUUACACCCCCGCCGCGAUCGCCCGACACCGUGGGCGCCCGUACCGCCAAGCAGUCUCCGUUGUAUAACCGCGGUAUGAUGAUGGAGAGCACGGAGGAAAUCGACUACAGCAAGGACGCGGCUAAGGACUUGAAGCCGCCGUAUAGCUACGCGACACUGAUUGCGCAGGCGAUCUUCUCUAGCGAGGAGGAGAAGCUUACACUUAACAACAUCUACAACUGGAUCAUGGAGAAGUACGCGUUUUAUCGUCACUCUCAGAGUGGCUGGCAGAACUCCAUCCGGCACAAUCUAUCCUUGAACAAGGCGUUCCAGAAGGUACCCCGUCGCACGGACGAACCUGGAAAGGGAAUGAAGUGGCAGAUCGUUCCGGAAUACCGCGAGGAAUACUGGAAGAAACAGCUCCGGAAAGGAACCCAAUCGUCAGCGCCAUCCUCGCCGGCCACGAAAGAUUCAUCCGCGCGGGGCGCCAACGGCAUGGAAGCGGUCUUCUCUGCGAAGAAGUCUCCGCCGGUAUCCUCCCCAGGAUUCAGCUCUUUCCCGGUGGCGCCAGUCGAAGCGUAUACGCCCGAGCGGGGCUCGCGGGCAGGCCGGAAUGGAGUUCGGGAACAUCUUCGUCCGCCUAAUGCUCGCGACUACGAAGAGCCGUCUCCCUUGCCUGCGCGAUCCGCGACCAAGAACAGCAACGGCACCACCCUGAGCCGAUCGUACGGUCUGUCGGAUAACGUAACCGGGUCGCCUCCGGUGCUGUCUUCGUCCUACUAUGAUGAGGCCCCGUCGUCGAUGAUCACCCCGGCUCCGCAACGUCAGCAACCGCGUCUUCCCCCACCCAGCACUGCCCAGAUCCCGUCCAAAUUCAUGCCGAUGAGCUCCCCUGCGCACCCAUUGAAGGGCGACCCGGGCGACGCACUGGGCAGUAUCCCCAGUAGUAGUCCGCCCCCGCCGAACCUCGCCAGCCCGAGUAAGCCGGGCACGGCCAACGGACUGGGCUCCGGACGGACGAUGCACACCCGGCGCGAAGAAGAGAGCCUGCGGUCAACGGCCAACGGCGCUGCGCGUGACCGACCAGGUCUGGGUGACGACGACGAGGAGGAUGAUGGUGGUGGAUUUGAUCUGGCGAGGGGCUUCCAACCGAUUGGAUCGUAUCAUCGACAGUUGAGCAAUGCGCAGCGGGCCAGCGCAGCCACCUCGUGA